CAGAUUUGUUCAUCGCAUAAUCUCUUUUUCGAACCUAAAAUUAAAUUGGCAGCUGCUUUUGACUAGUCAUUGCACAUGUUGUUUCCUCAUUCCUAUUUUACAGCCUGGUUCUAUCUCUAGAGGGAGCUCUGAAUUUGCCAUUGCUAACCUUGGUGUGGAAAAUCUCCCUAGAUACUCCUAGACCUUCCCUGACAAUGAAGCUUGGCUCUAUCCCUUUCCAAUUUCAAGUCUGGCAGGCAUAUUUAGUUGACUCAACACCACUCGGAGAACACUGUCCAGAUAUUAGCUGCUGAUACUGAUUUGGUCUGAACAACCUAGGGGAGGAAGCCUAGGACAUAUACCACUCCAGGGUUUCCAUGGAUUCUCUCAAUGGUAGUAGCAAGAAGAGAGGCAGUGAGGUUCGAGAGCUUGGAGAUUUGCUGAGCCGUACACAGUCUGAUCCAUUCAAGUGCUUUGCAUUAUUCUUGGAAAAUUGUGUGCCAGUUGCAAAUUCCUUGAACAUUGGCUUUGGGAACCCACUACUAUUGGGUCCCCCAUCUUUGCAGCUCGCCCAGAUUAAGACGCAGCUGGCUCUUCACCAGUUGAACUGUGUCACUUCUAGCAGCUUCUCUUCACCAACAUUGUCACUUCUCAACCAGGCUUUACUAAAACUUACAAUGUCUAACCCAAUGUUUAAUCCAAGAGCACGUUUUCCUGGGCAGAGGCCAAUGGUGCCGAACCAGUUUGCCAUGAAUCAGCAGAUGCCUAUGAUGAUGGGCCCGGGACAUAUGGCUUCUCAAGGUAUGGUGUCUUCUGGACCACCUGGAAGGAUGCCUCCGAUGAUGAAUCAACAAAUGGGAUUUCAAGGUCCCCCCCAAAGAUCUCUUCCUCCACACCCAGAAAUGCAGCCAAGAAUGGAGAUGCAGGCUCGAGGUCCACAGGAUGGCAGUCGCAUGUUGACACAGGGUUUGCAGCAGAUGAAUCCCAGAAUGAUGAAAGGCAAAGUGGAAGAUUUGGCAGGUGUAAGAGAUCAACAUAUGGUCAAGGUUACUGAAGACAGAGAUUCUGAAUGGAUUUCCUUCAAGCCACCACCUGAAAAGUUGUUUGCCUCUGGAAUGGGAGAUGCCCCAGAGAGAAACCAAGCCAGAGGAGGAGGAGCAGCAGAGAAUCAUCCAGGUGCCCCAGCAGGAAGACGCCCAACUGUCUACAUAAAUGAAAAUGCCACUAGCAUAUUGGCCAGUUUUGGACUUUCUAACGAUGACCUGGAAGAGCUAAGCAGAUAUCCAGACGAUCAGCUCACCCCAGACAAUUUGCCCUUUAUUUUGAGGGAUAUUAGAUUGAGAAAAAUGAAAAGGCCAAUUCCUGAGGUGGAUCAUUCCAAAUCCUCUUCAGUGGGUGGAGAUUCUCUGAGCAGUGAGUCCAGACAGAGCAAGGUCAUCGAUUAUGGACAUUCAAGUAAAUUCAGUAUUCCUGAGGAGGAUUCACCUCUUUUUAAGAGAGACUUGCCAUCAAAAGAGUUGACUAAGGAGGACAUAAGUACUUCUGCACCCCCUAGUACACAGCCUAAAUUUUCCCUUGAUACUCUUGUGUCUGCUUCCUCCUUUAGCUUUAAGGUUGAUGCUGGUCAUGGGUCUGUUUUCUCAGACCCUGUUAAAACAAGCUCACCUUUGAGCAAGGAUUUGCCGGUCGAUCGACGGCCGCAACUAAGUGAAGCGGCUAGUCAGAAAUCGGACGGGCUCAACCAAGCUUCAGUGGGGAUUACCAGCUCUACCCCAACCAACCCUCCUAGGGUUACACAAAUAGAAGCUGGUGGAUUGGCGAAAGAAACCUUCACCAUGAUGAAAACACCCUGGGCUUCAGCAUUUCCUCAAAAUGAGCCCUCUGUGGGCAAGAGACUGCCAACCCCUAGCAUGAAGAAUGAUUACUAUGCUGCCUCCCCGAGAAUCUUUCCACAUACUUGUUCACUGUGUAACAUAGACUGUGUUCAGUUGCAGGAUUGGAUUGAGCAUCAAAAUACCAGACUUCACAUUGAAAACUGCAGACUUUUGCGCCAGCGGUUUCCGGAUUGGAAUCCAGAGGUCUUGCAUCCUAUAAGAAAUGAAUUUGAAAGCAGUCGAGAGAGAACAAGCCAGAAACGGCGCUCACGGUCACCGAGGGCAAGAUCUCCCAGAAGCAGGUCUCCAAGUCCUCGACGGUACAGAGGUCGUGCCCGCCGUUCUUGGACCCGUUCUCGAAGUCGUUCUAGAAGUGCUCGUAGGUACCGCCGCAGCAGAACCAGAAGCAGGUCACGGAGCCAACAUCGCAGGUCCAGAAGGAGCCCUCGGCGAUCGCGCAGUUCAUCACCUAGACAUAGAGCCCAUUCUUCUUCCCGUCGUUCACGUUCUCCCCGACGUAGAUCACGGAGUCCCUUAUACACCCGCAGGCUGCCUUCUCCUUUACGCCGUUCCCCCAGAAGAAGCCCUCUUCGUCGAAAUCGAUCAAAAAGUAAAGAGAGGCUUGCCAAGAAAAUAAUUGAAUCUUCAGCUUUGUCUGUUGCAGAUAGUUCAUCUUUAGAGGCUAUGAUACAGUCCUUGGCUCCUGCCAUCAUUGCAGAACUGGCAAAGAAGACUGCAGCUAGCUCUACUGUGCCUAAACAGGCGGCAGGCAGCAAGACAGGGCCAUUAAAAACGCAGGGGAAAACUAAGCCAAAAUUUGUCAAAGAUGUCUCAUCUUCUGCUGGCACCAGUAAGAAGCAGGAGUCACAGGGUGCUGCUUCAAAGACUGGAACUACUCGGGCAAAGGUACCUUCAAAGGAUUUAAGCAGUACAAGUAACAAAAAGUCCACAGCAUCUAAAGAUACAGAAAAAAGUAAAAAUCUUAAGGUCAAGAAGAAGACGGGCAUUACAGUUAUUGUUUCUGACCUGCCAGAGGGAGACUGUACUGAACAGGAUAUUCUUAAAGUUAUGGAGGUUUUUGGAAAAAUAGCGCAAAUGUCAUUUAACCAAGUAAAGAAAGAAGCAGUGGUCGAAUAUCUGAUGGAAGAAGCUGCUAAAGCACUCCAAGAAUUCUUAAAAACCUCGUCUCUUAAAAUCAAGGAGAAGACUGCAAAAGUAACAUUUGAAGAAAAGGAGAAAAAAGAAACAAAGAAAAUAAUCACUAAAAAAAAAGAACCUAUAAGCACAAAGGCUGCUUCUGGUGUAAAGACUACAACUUGCAAAACCUCUGCAGAUAAGAAGUCUGUCAAGACGGACCCAUUGGCAUGGGUAUCAAAUAGUUCUAAGUUCAAACAGUCGAGUGUUUAUCCACUGCCAGUAAUUGUUGUCUCCAGUUUGCCUGACUCUGGUUAUGUUGAUGAUGACAUUACGAACCUUGUGAAACCAUAUGGACGUAUAACACAGUUGAUUACUGUACUAUCACAUAAACAGGCAUAUAUUGAGGUAUCCAGCCAGAAGACUGCAGAUGAAGUUUUGAAAUACUAUAAGACAAACCAAGCAAAAGUAAAUGAUCAGGAUGUGACUGUGAGUGUGUGGAAGAAAGAACUCUCUCCCCUGGAUACUGAGGCUUUAUUCAAAAGUGUUCUAAAACUGACUAAGGCAGAGGAUAUUGAUGGUCUUUACAAGAGAUUGGUCGUUAUCAGUAAUUUACCAAAGGAAAAUGUAACAGAAGAGGUUUUAACUUUAGUAAAAGAACGUGGAGUGGUCAAACAGUUCAUCACUUUGGAAGACCAGAUCAUCAUUGAACUUGAAACAGCUGAACUAGCCGCAAACAUCUGUGAGCAUUAUAGUAAGGAGCCAUGUAUCGUUAAAGAGACACAACUUUGCUUUAAAGUGUGUGUUAAAGAAUCUGCAAAAGAUGAGCUUAAGAAAAAGGAGAAGCCAGAAAUCAAAAGGAACCCCAUUGUUAAAAAGUCUGAGAAGAAGCUUGGUGAGCUCAGCAAGUCUAAUAAAGGCAGUGGAGGUAUUAAAUCUGCAAAUCUGAAGGACAAAGCAAAAUCUCUAUCUGAAUCCUCUGAACAAACUGUUAAAGAUGAUGAUGCAUCCGACAAUGUUCAUGCGAAGUCUCCCAAAGUGGAAUGUUUUCCAUUGUCAAACAGCAACAUUAAAGAUGAAUCAAUCCCUGCUGAUCAUCCUAUCAAGGAAAUAGAAUCAACAAAGACUGACAUUAUUAGUACAGUUCAAGAUCUUACCAUUUUAUCAGAGGAUACACUUCCUGCAGAUAAGCUGGAGCCUAAGGCAACUGCAGUAAACAGUGGUGGUGCCGAUCCAAAAGAUAUUACUGACACACAGAUGGAAAAGCCAGUUGAAGCAGAGAAUCCUGAAGUAGGACUUCAGGGGUCUCUACCAGAGACGUUGAAUGAGGAACAUGCCAGUAAUGCAACACAAGAGGAGGCAGCAGCAGUCAGCAGUGCAAAGGAUGUAAAUGAGAAAGCCACCCUCCAUUCUCUGGACAAUAGUCAGACAACAGAAGAUCAAACUUUGUCACAUGAGAACAGAACUCCAGAAUCGAUUAACAUACUAAAAGAAGAUGGUAAAGAAGCUGUUAAUUCUGUUGGUUCAUCUUUGUCAGAAAAUGCUGAGCCUGUUAUUGCUGCAAGACCUUCGUCAAUAGGAUGUUCAGACAUUUCUACUACAAAUACUGUGUCUGACAUAUCUCAUCAAGUCUUUGAGACAUUGUCAGAAGAGGAAGGUGUAGCAGAGGAAAUGUCAUUGCUGUCAACAAAAGAUGGGCAAGUAUCUUCUACUGCCACACCUAAUACCAAUGAUAAAAGCUUAUUGAACAGUGAUAUUACAAGAUCACCUUCAGUCAAAACCUCGGAUGACAUGAAAGAAGGCAUAGUAGGUUCGACAUCUGCAGAAAAAGAAUGUGACUCUUUGGUUAAGGAAACUUUAUUGGUAGAUGACACUUGCAAAGAGAACAUUGCUGAGAAUUCCAAACCAGCACUAUGCAAGGGUGAGUGUAAGCAAGCCACAAGUCCUGAUCUCCUUGCCAAGAACGGUACUCAGACCUCCUCUACAGACAAGUUACAGAAAACAAGAUGCACACGGGCAAGUACUGCCAAAACAGAUCUAGAAAGCAGAGUUAGUCCAAGUCAUUCUAGCAGUGGCAGUUCCACUGGGGGCCGAAGAGCUCAUGAGAGCAGCAGCCCUUUGGGAAGCAAACGCAGGAGAGUUGUCAAAGGUACCUCAGCUAACAAUGAAUGGGAUUCAAGGGCAUCCAGCUCUGGGAUUGAAAAGCACAAGUGUUCUGUGAGAACCACUAGAUCUUCAAGGAACAGUGUAAAGCCAUCAGAUGAAAAACAAAAGGGAAAGCCAAAGGAAGAGGAGGAUGAUAUUGGAGAAAGGUUUCCAUUCAAUUUGGAAGAGUAUGUUACUGUAGAUGAAGUUGGAGAUGAGGCAGAAGGUUUAGCAUCUCGAGAACUGCCAGCUGUCAGCAAAUAUAAGGGACCAUCCGCAAAACACCGCUUAACAACUAAGAGUAACAGCAACAAGCGCAAGAGAAGUGGAGAAACCUCAGCCUCAUUCAUAGUGCAUAAAGUAGAUGGGACAGAAGCAUCACCUGGAAAAGACAGAGUAAGGAGUAGCAAUGGGCAAAAACCUGCUAUGAACCCUUCUGCCAUGUUAACUCUAGAUGAGAUAAGUGAGGAUGAAGGACCUGGUGUAGAUGAAAAUGUAGAUGUACUAAAGGAUGAUGAUGUUCUUAUUACUGUUGAUGAGGUUGUGGAAGAGGAGGAAACAUUUCUGCCAGAAGUUAAGGACCUGCAGGCACUUGUAACGCUAGAUGAGCUUGUGGACGAGGAAGAAGCUAAUGGCAAAGGCGAAACACUCUCUUUCUCUACACUGGAGCAAGAAGCGUCAGAAGUUCUACCAGCUGAGACACAUCCUGGGGAGCUGUCUAAGGAUAAUGUGGAUUCUUUGCUGGAAAAGACUGCUUUACAGCCUCAGGAACAGAUUACCACUGAGCCUCAAGAGGAACUAGGAUCAUUGGUUGAGCUAAAGAAGAUUAGUUUUGUCACUGUGGAUGAAGUUGGGGAGGAGGAAGAAGAGGAGCCAAAAGAAGACACCUCUGCCAGUGAGCAGCAUGCAACAGUCAAACCAAAAGUUGGGCGGCCUCGAGGAAAGAGAGUGCACAGAAAGAGAGGUAGAGGGAGAUCUCGAUCUGGAAAAGUGGGCCUAUGUGAAUCUGAGGAGCAGAUGCAGAUUGAUGAAAAAGAUAUUUCAGAAGCGCCAGUAGCUGAAACUAACACUAAUCUUGCAGUGACACUUAAUCAGGAGUCCCCUGUUUCUAUGAAACAAAAGCCUACUCCAAAUGAAGAUGAGAAGUGUAACUCUGAAGCAGAUUGCUCAGAGACGUCUGAACUCAAAGAGAUAAAGGAUGUGUGUAAUAUUUCAAGCAUCUCAUCGCUUACAAGUGAUUCUAGGGCAAAAGACUUUGUAUCAUGCAUUGCCAAUGAGCCUACAGAUAGUGAGAGAGGAGACUCGGUUAAAAAGGAUCCUUCCAGUAGAGACGACAAGGCAGCUCGAGUACUCGGGCAAGAAGCAAAUAUACAGGAGCCAUCCUCUGUUAAACAGACUCCUAGUGCAGGAAUCGGUUGCAAAGGUGUUUCAGAAAUUGUAGCACCUGAAGAGGAAGAAGAACCAGCAGCAGACGAGCCAGUAGUAAAGAAAGCAAGACUGGAUUGUUUAGACCUUAAACAGUUUGAAUUGCCUCCAUUUGUAAAAGACAGUCCAGUUGGUGUGGAAUUUGUAGUUCCAAAGACUGGAUUCUAUUGCAAAGUGUGCAUGUUAUUCUAUGCCAAUGAAGAAUUGGCAAAAAAGAACCACUGUGGAAGCUUUAAGCACUAUCAGAAUUUGGAGAAAUACAUGAAGAAACAGAAAGAACAAUUUCUAUCAAACCAUGAAGAUUCUUCUAAGAUUUAAAAAAAAAGGCUCAACUUUUUUUUUUUUUUUUUUUUAAACUUUGAUUUAUGGGUCCAAAACAACGUUGUACAUUUUGUCUGGGAGCUGUGAAGAAAAUAAAUAUAUUUUAAAGAGUCAAUGUUGAUGUGUGCUACAAUGAUCCAAGCCAUGUUUCUUUGAUCAUAUUCUGUGUAGAUUUUUACAUGUAGUGCACAAAUAAAACCUAACUGUGUUGUUCUGUGGUCUCUUAUGUUAGUGUGUUUCUUACCCAGAAAUGAAUGGUGGUAGUAAAAAGAAUGGAUGGGUAAUGAAGCUAAUUAUCUUUGAGAAUCGUAGGCUCAUCUUUCCUAUCUAUCCAUCUUUUAUAACCCAGUGGUUAAAUGUGGAUUUGCUGGGAAUCAUCCCUUUUUAGAGAGCAAGGCAAUCGCAGUGAGCACACUCACAUUCACUCACUCACAUUCACUCACUCAUACCAGGCCAGUUUACAGCCAGCAAUUUGUUUGACAUUUGGGAGGAGACGAAAACACAUGUAGACAAUAUUGAGAGCAUGUAGGCAGAACCUGGGUGGCAGUUCCACCCCAGGACUAUGGAGCAGCAACAAUCACUGUACCAUCAUGCCAUGCUUUCUUAUGUAGGCAUGUCUUAAAUUUGUGAGUCAAAGAAGCAUUUUUACAUUUUUUUUUUUUAUAAAUUUAUUUUGAUCUAAUUUUUACCAUUAAUAGUAAAUUAAUUAAUCUGAAUGGUAAUGUACCCCCCCCAAAGUCUCAAAUUUGAAGGGUAUUGAGGAACACGCAGUGAAAGUUUCUGAGGUGUUGCUAGGAUGGGCCCUCCUUAAGACAUUAAUAUAAACUGAGGUUUGAAUCCCUGAAGAAAAUUCUUGUUUUCCUACCACCGUCCCACCCCCUCCAAACGUUUUCAGAUUUAUAGACCAGGCAGGCGUCUUAACUUAACCUUCAAUUUAUUUUGUAACAUGAAAUUGCUUCCUCACAGAUUUCUGGUUUCCAAGGCCAUAGCAAGUUGGCUGUGUAUUCGUGUGGGAUUUGCAGUACACUGGCACCCACCCAGUCAUGCUAAAUUGUCUAAAGCGGAAUUAAAGAAUGUUAUUUAGCACAAUAGAAAAUUAAUUAUUCUAAAAUUCCUUUACUUACAGGUGUAAAUGUUACUUGCCCAGGUUGCAAAGUGGUUUGUAAUAAAGUAGUCAGUGAUGACCAACACGGUAAUAAAAAGCAAUUAUAUAUAAAGGUAGCAGUCAUGUUAGCUGGUUAAACAUCUUUAUUGAUAUUAAGCAAUAGCCUUUAACAUGACAUCAACACCAAAUUUUGCAAUAUAUGGUAGUGCAUUUAAAACAAUUGGUGCAUUUAUGAUGAAAAUGUUUAUAGAAUUUGAAAGAAAUCAGUAAUACUGUUUGUAAUAUGUUGUGCCAUAUUCUUUGUUUUUUUUUGUUUUUUUAAUUAAAACAUGGUGGUCUCUCCUUCA